CUGAAGAUGCUGUAUUCCACCGUUAGUAGAGAAACAGAGCCUACCUUGACAAAGCUCCUGAGGGGUAAACCACAGAAAAAAUGUUGGCUACAUAUUUUUUAUAAACCGAUGAAUGGGAGUUUCCUUCCCGCGGAAUCCUGAAGCUGGAGCAUACUGGAAAAGGGGUGCAUACCAAACUGAUGAACAGCCUUUUCUUUCAAUGAGACCCGAAGUAAAAAGACGCAGCAAUGACAUUCUACUGGCAAGAGCACCAGCCGUGCGCAGCUACAUCGAGCACAAAAUAACUAUUGUGGGGAUAGAUGAUUGAUAACGCAACUGCUAUAGCGCAGGCCGGGAGCCGGAAACAUAUGUAAUUUUCUUAUGGUACAGCUGGUUCAGUGCCACUGGGUGCUGCAUGGAUUGUUAUUGCAAUCAGCCACUUCUACCAGCAAUUCCAAAUUACUUUGAUUCCAGAAGGCUGGCUGAGGAGGAAUAUUGCUGCAGAGCUAUACGGGAAUGCCAUGUGUCGUUGCGCGACAUAAGAAGCGCUUUGUGGUGUGUUUUCCACCGGGGACAGGUGGUGUUGGGAGUUAGCUGGGGUAUAUGAAAACACAUCCCGAGAGACAGUUGUCUUAAGGAUGUCACGCUGCCGUACAGGAUCAUUUUUUGCCAGAGACAGGUGCGACAGAGAGGAGUAGGCUAGUAGUUUACAAAUUAGGUUAGGAUUGGGGUUGACGAAAACAUCGGACCUCUCUCUCCUCAUACUGGAUAUUAAUCCAGGGGAAAUCAGACUGUGUAGAGAGAGGCAAGAACUGUGUAACCGCCGCGUGACGGGCGCACCCUUUACGUGACAAUAAGCGAGCCUGUGUUCUACUGCUGCCAUGGUGACCCUGGCCCCACCCUUCUUCCUGCUGUUUUGGCUCCUCCGAUUGGCCAGCACUGCGUUUCCGGAGGAACCGGGGCCUCUGAACUUUAUCCCCACAGAAGUGGUCCGGCAGUACCCAGUGUUUCUGGGUCGGCCACAUCGUUCAGCCCUGAGACAGGAGACACUGCAUAUUCAGAGAGUUCUCAAGGUGAACCGGACCCUCUACAUUGGAGCCAGGGAUGACCUUUUCCGCGUGGAGCUGGACAAUGUGGCAGGAGAAGAGAUGUUCUACAGUAAGAAGAGAACAUGGGAGUCCAACAAAAACGACAUCAGGACGUGCAGGAUGAAGGGCAAGCACGAGGACGAGUGUCGGAACUUCAUGAAGGUUUUGUUGAGUCGACAAGGAGGUCUGUUUGUCUGUGGGACCAACGCCUUCAAUCCGCUGUGUGCCAACUAUACUGGAGACACUCUGGAGAUGGUGGGAGAGACAGUCAGUGGGAUGGCCCGCUGCCCCUAUGACCCUAAACACGCCAACGUGGCUCUGUUUGCAGAGGGGAAUCUGUUUACGGCCACUGUGACGGACUUCCUGGCGAUAGACGCAGUGAUCUACCGUAGCCUGGGGGACAGUCCUGCACUUCGCACUGUCAAACACGACUCCAAAUGGUUCAGAGAGCCCUAUUUUGUCAGUUCAGUAGAAUGGGGUCCUCACAUCUACUUUUUCUUCAGAGAGAUGGCCGUGGAGUUUAACUACCUGGAGAAGGUACGAGACAAACUGGUACAGGUGUCUCGGGUGGCGCGGGUGUGUAAGGCGGACCUGGGUGGCUCUCAGAGGGUGUUGGAGAAGCAGUGGACGUCGUUCCUGAAAGCCAGACUGAACUGCUCCGUCCCUGGAGACUCCCACUUCUACUUCAACCUACUCCAUUCCACCAGCCCUGUCAUCAGCAUGCACGGCAGGGACAUCAUCCUGGGAGUCUUCUCCACCCCUGCUAACAGUAUCCCUGGUUCAGCUGUGUGUGCCUUCGACAUGGAGCAGCUGGCUGGGGUGUUUGAUGGGAGAUUCAAGGAGCAAAAGUCACCUGAGUCUAUAUGGACCCCUGUUCCUGACGAGCUCAUUCCCAAACCAAGGCCAGGAGGGUGUGCUGUCCAGGGCUCCAGAUUCAACUCAUCCAAUGGUUUCCCUGAUGAGAUGCUGAACUUUGUGAAGACCCACCCCCUGAUGGAUGAGGCCGUGCCCUCACUGGGUCAGAGGCCCUGGAUCGUCAGAACCAUGGUCAGGUACCAGCUGAAUAAGAUGGUGAUGGACACAGAGGCUGGCCCCUACAGGAACCGAACAGUGCUCUUCCUGGGCUCCAGCCGGGGGACCAUCCUCAAGUUCCUGAUCGUCCCCAACUGGGACAACACUGUGUCCAGCAGCAAUGUCUUCCUGGAGGAGCUGGAGGGCUUCAACCCUGACAAGUGUGGGGAGGACACUCCUCAGGCGAGGCAGUUGUUGUCCCUGACUAUGGACCGGGUGAGCCACUCUCUGCUGCUGGCCUUCCCCUCCUGUGUAGUCAGGGUCCCUGUGGCACGAUGCCAGCUCUACUCACGCUGCAUGAAGAACUGCAUCGCCUCCAGGGACCCCUACUGUGGCUGGACCAGAGGAAGCACCUGCUCCCUCCUCAGGCCCGGGACCAGACUGCCGUUUGAGCAAGACGUAGAACACGGCAACGUGUCCCACUUGGGCGACUGUGACGGUCUUCUUCAGGAGUCUUUCAUUGACGAACCAGACGGUCUGGUAUCCGUGAACCUGCUGGUCGUGUCUGCAGUCUCAGCCUUCGCCACGGGGGCGGUGCUGUCGGGCCUGGCUGUCUGCUGGAUCAUGAGUCAUCGCCACCGCCACCGCACGCGAGGGGCAGGAGCCAAUAGGAGUCGUAAAGGGGACAAGGAGCAGAACAUGCUGGGUCAGGGGCGGAGCGGCUCGGUGAUGAGUGUGACCCGUACCAGUGGCAGCGAGAGGCCCCGGUCACAUUCCCAGGCAGACAACCCGUUCGUAAUGCCCAAUGGCUGGCCUAAAGGAGAGAUGGACCCAGGCCUACCUACUCCAGAACAGACCCCCCUGCAGCAGAAACGGCCUCCACCCAGCAUGAGGCUCCCAGACGGAGACUGGGACCAGAGCCAGACCUUCCUCACCUCAGUGGGCAUGCCCUGCCCAGCCAACUCAGUCAUCUACCUGAGCUCCAAGUUCCUGCAGGAGAGAGGGGGCAGGCACGAGGACCCAGGGAACGUGGGGCCCCCCAACAUGGAGCGAACACGUUACCUGGUCCUGGCCAGCCACCGGGAGCCCCACGGGGGACAACCCAGGACCACCCUGAGGAACUCUGCAGGCGAGUACAACUACCCAGCCACGCCGCAGGACUCCCCAGACCGCAGGAGAGUGGUCUCAGCCCCCAGCACCCAGAUGGACUUUGGGGAGCCCCCCCGCUGGACCCAUGAGGGGCUCAACUAUAACAGCAACAACGGAGCGCCCUACCCCUCCCAGCACCCGGGCCUGAUCCGGGCCAACCACCACGGCCUGUCCGACUUCAGUCACCUGAUGGGAAAGAGCGUGGGCGAGCGUACCCCUAGUGGCCAGUGAGGAGAAGAGUGCCAUGAACCCCCCUCUCUGAAACCCAUUUCCCCUCAGCAACUGGAAUACCCCUCAGACUCUCCCAUCCCAAAUCCAGCCCUGUCUGUCCUCUCUCACUGUCAUUCAAUGUUCUGACAACCCCUGGCGCGGAGCCUGACUAACUGACUGACUGACUGAAGAGACUGGGACACCAGAAGCCAGCAGUUUAGAGAGAGAAAGAAAGAGAGAGAGUUAAAGAGAGGAGGUUAUUCUACACAUGGCUACAGCUCUGCUCUCGCCCUGAGAGGUGCACCCCACUGCUCCGUAAGUGGUUUAACCCGUGGAGCUGGGACUGGACACAAUGAGACCAACCUCAAGGACUGGUAAGGGGUGCAAGGGAAGGGACAUUUUGUGAAAAAGGAAUUUAAAAAACUGAGAACCACUUCACUGAUAAUUUAGCAUUCAGCUCCAGUUGUAAAAGGUCUCCUUCUACUAUCUUGUGCUCUGCAAGUCAUUCUUUGUGUGUGACAUUUUUAUUUCUGCUUUGCUUUUGUGCCAGCAUCCAGCAGACAACCAUGUGCUUGUCCUUGGUUUUCAGGCCAACUCUAUCACUCAGCUCUAUCACUCAGCUUGUGUUUGGCAGGUAUUAGCAAUGCCAGAGAACACUGAAUCAUGCAUUAAAGGAGAGGCUUCCUGUCUUAAUGUCAGUAUACAACACACUGGAUCUUCUUAUAGGAAUAAGCUUGGUAAUGAUGUCAACGAUUCUUCCCAUUGUGUUAACAAUCAUGGAAAAAACACAUUUUUAGUGUUUCUAAAGCUCUAUUAAGUGUUUAUAAAUCAGACCAUGCAAUGAUUACAUCCCCACCCGAGUCUUGAGCCCAGAACUAGCAACGACCACUGGACUUGAACAUGUCAAGGUGGAGGGGGCAAAAACCAGGAGGGAGGAGAUAAGAAGAUGGUACCUUUCCAUUUAAAAAAAAAUGCUGUGUUUCCUUGGAGAAGUGGAGGGACCAAGGAAAGAGGGCAGAACUCCCCCUCCCUCCCUCCUUAUCUGUCUCCCUCUCCCUGGGUCUGUGUGACCUGACCUGAUGCCUGGGCUGCCCAACCUAGCAGAGAGGAGAGCACACAGCCCAUGUAGGGGAAUGUGAGCAUGGCUGUGGGAGCUAGCAGGUCCUCUACCCUGCCACUGGGGAGCUCCAUUCAGGCUCCUCUCCCUGACACUGAGCCUCUUUGUGCCCUGGAGCAGGAGGAGACGGCUACAACAAAUAGCCGUUAAGAGUCAGUGCAGGCGGGACAAACCCAGCGACCUAGCCCAGUGGAAUAUCAAUGAGGAAAGCAGCGCCCCCCUUCCCGUCCCUCCGGCCCCCUCACAGACACUGGCACCGUUUGGGACUGGGGUAGGGUGGUGGGCCAAGGAUGGGUCCAUAGGGCUGGGACCAGGUAGGGUGGUGGGCCCACGGAUGGGUCCAUAGGGCUGGGGCUGGGACCAGGUAGGGUGGUGGGCCCACGGAUGGGUCCAUAGGGCUGGGGCUGGGACCAGGUAGGGUGGUGGGCCCACGGAUGGGUCCAUAGGGCUGGGGCUGGGACCAGGUAGGGUGGUGGGCCCACGGAUGGGUCCAUAGGGCUGGGGCUGGCAGACUGGCAUCAUUCAGACUGCUAUCACUAUAUCCCUGCCUUUCAGCGUCUCCACACAAGGGACACUGGCUAAACAAUGUAAAGUGGGACUGUUUGGGCGUGGAUUGUCUCUCUCCGCUCUCUCUCUCUCUGUUUGAUGUUCUCCUUUUGUCCGCCCCUCUUCUCUCUCCCUUGCCUGUCGAUCCGGUGGCUGGUGUUUGUUAAUCUGGGUCAUGACUUGUGUGUGUGGAUAAUUCUCUCUUUCAGGGUCAGGAUGGAGACUGCAGUGGAAGUCGUGUUAGUCUCUGGUUAUCCCACUAGAUAUCUGGUCCAGCAGCCAUUAUCUGAGUGAUUUCUGCCGCAAUCCCCAAACAUUUAUAAAUCGGUGUUAACUGCAUCCUCGCACUGGGCGCCAGGCGGCAACACGCAUGGGAGCGCAUAGACUGACUUUAUUAGUGGGUCUGUGGGCUGGGAGGAGCAGAGGAGUAGAGCUGGAGAGAGAUGUACUGAGGCUAGAGGGGCAUAGGAGGAGCAGAGGCUGGGCUGAGCUUUGUAUGACUGGCAGAGAGUGGGGACAGAGGAACACAACAGCACCAGUGCACACAUGUAGAUAUGUGCAGGGCUUAAAUACCGAGCUAUGCUGACCUGCAGGGCUGCUCUAAAACAGGGGGAGCAGAUGGAGAGGAAACCUGGCCUGUAUAGAGCCAGCUGUGUGGUGGGCUGAGGAGAGGAGCCAGGCUGGGCGGUGGGUUUGUUUGUCUUAAUGUGAAGGGCUAACCCAUUGAGGUAGAAUACUAAAAGAGAUGAAUGGAGUGUAAGCACAUUAUCUAGCUGGGUAGAAGUGCCAACACAUGGCUGGGUCCAUGGAAACAACUCAACAUCUGAACGAGUGUGUGUGUGUGUGUGUGUGCAUGUGUGUUUGAGUGUGUGCGUGCGCGUGUGUGUGCGUGCGUGUGUGUCUGUGUGUCGGUGCGUGUGUGCUUGAGUGCGUGGGUGUUUGUUUGUGUAUUUGUAUUACAGUAGUAAUGAGUGUUGCCAUGAAUGAGUAAUGUAGUGGGCUGGGGAGAUGGGGGGGGGGGAUAUUUCAUUAGCACAGUGCAGACAUUCUUUACAUAUUCCAUACUAUAGUAAACAACCCCC